AUGCGCGGCCAAAAAAAGCCCAAACACUGCGUAUUCUGCAACCCCCUUGACCGCAUAGUCUACGAAGACGACGAAUUCAUUGCCUUUCACGACAUCCGCCCAGACGCCACCGCCCAUCUUCUCGUCAUCCCGCGUCAACAUUAUGGCACCAUCAAGGAACUGACGCCCGAGGAUAUGCCGAUGGUCGAACGCAUGUACACCAUUGGCCAGCGGGUUUUGGAAGAACGGGGGUUUUCGUCACCAAAUGAAACGAGGUUUGGGUUCCAUCGGCCCCCAUUCAAUAGCGUUCAUCAUUUGCAUAUGCACUGUUUGGGACUUCCUUUCAAGCCCAAACGAGCAGAGAUGAUGUUCCCCGGAGCUGGAAGCCCUUGGUUUAUGCCCACAGAACACCUACUGCGAAAGAUGCUUGGCGAAAGCAUACCAUAA